GCACAAGUAAAUUUCUCAUUGUCAUUCUACACCACAGAAAGCAAUGUCUCUACUAGAUUUUUCUAGGAUGCCGCGUCGAGCAAUCAUUUUGACGUACGCAAUCAUUUUAGCCUUGGUCUUCGUCGGAGUAUACAAUUUUGGACAACUCCCAGAUAUUCUCAGGGGAAGUUCCUUUGAAGCCCCACCCUAUGGACAGAAGGAUACUCCUCCGCCCCCAGGACACGAACCUCCACCAGCACACGAAUCUCCAAAGCCUGCCGAAGGACAGUAUUGCAAGUGGGUCUUUGACAAGUAUGAAUCCAGCGCCUACGAAGACGAAUGGUUCCAAGAGGUGCCAAACGUUCAGCCAACUACUCCGGAUGGAACCAACAUCUGCAAAGCUCAACAGGCAGAAAAACACGUCGCAGCAUCUAGAGCCAUCGUCGGACGAGCCAUCAAUCUAACUGCCAUUGACCCCAAGAUUCAAUGGAAAACAUAUGAUACCAUGCCAACGACAACUCUCGACCCAGCCGACCAGUACAUGAGUCGAAUGUACUACCGACGUGUCUGCUACAACGAGGAGAAGCGAGAAUUUUAUCCGGCAUCCGGACAUGGCAUCCAGCUCAUUGAGCCAUUAUUCGGGAUGCUCCGCGACCCCUUUGACCUCUGGUGUGGAUCGGACAAGCUGACGAUUGAGAACUACCCCAACACCAAUCCAGGUCAAUCGAAACAUCACAUCCUGCCCCAAGGCUUCGCUCCCUACACAUAUACGACCAAAGCCGCCGGCGUCGAGUCCACAGAAUGGCGAACCCAUGGAAUCCCACCAUGGCACUCCUUCCUGCGCCCCGUCUAUAACGAGCAAGUCGGCACAACAUUUUCAACACCACAAAAUAUCCAUGUCGAUCUGGGCUCCUCGUACUUUGGUGGUUGGACGAAAGCCUCCUCAGCAGCGUCAGGCCAAUGGUUCUACGACAACUACCACGCGCGCGGCCAGAGAUUCAAUCGAUUCGUCGCCGUUGAAGUCGAGACCUUGGAUGAUACCGAGGCGUACGAACAAGUCCCCGCCGAUCUGAUCGGGAUCUACACAUUGAUGAAUAUUGGCUUGACGAUGGGCGAGGAUAAACUGAAUGCGGUUGAAAUGAUCAAGCGAAUUGUGAAACCGGAAGAUUUUUUCGUGCUUAAGUUGGACAUCGAUUCCGCGCCCAUUGAAGAACCCAUCCUCCAGAAUUUAUUGGCGGAUGAUCCCGAGAACGGCGGCGCGAGCGCGUUGAUUGAUGAGUUGAUGUAUGAGCAUCAUGUGAAUUUCUGGCCGAUGAAUGGCCCGUGGCGUAUUGCGUCGACUUCGAAGAAGGAUGGGGAUUUGUUGACGAGUUAUAAUUUGUUUCGGGAUCUGAGGAGGAAGGGGAUUAGGGCACAUUCGUGGCCUUGAGUGUGGCUUUGGCUUUGGUUCUGGUGGGUGGUAGGCGGGGGCAGUCUGGGAUAGUCCCAUGAAGGGAACUUUACCCCCUACUCAUGAUUAAAUGUGGAUACAUAGGAGAGACUCGCUCUUGGUUUGAUGUCGUGUAUCUCUCAAAAGCAUAAAGGGUCUGCGGCGUUUUUGGCAUUUGAUUUUCCAUAUGGAAGGUAUGUAGAUUGACAUCUGGAAGUCGGUUCGAGAGUCUCAUGCGAAAGCUUUCUAGAUAUUCCUCCGCCCCAAGCGCUUCAGUGGUUAAUUAUCUUGUAUGAUAUUGAGUUACAUAUUCAUCUUACCUGA